CCCUGCAGCAGCAGGGUGGGGUUGCAGUGCCAGGGUGGUGGUUGCAGUGUAGCCGUUCGUGGCUUCACAGCACAGCCUUGUGUUCCAUACAGGCCAGAAUAAUGUGCCGUCUGUCUCCAAGCCUUCUGGAGCUGCUGGGUGAUGCAGAUGGAGACAUGGUCCGCAUGUCCCUCUCUGUGUUCACCAAUCUGCUGCAGAACAAAGGCAUCCUGAUAUUGAGCACCACGGCCCCAAAGCUGGCUGAGGCACUCCUGGUGCUCUUUGACCACGUAAGGUUCUGUGCCCGCAGCCACGGGCACUGGCUACUGCCCAGAAAUUUUGUGCAUUACAGAUUUUUGGGCCUUUGCCCAGGUGAACCUGGACAAACUGAUCUUAACGUUUUAUCCUCUUCCUUUCCUCCAGGACAAAAGCGAAGUGCAGGUGCUCUCCCUUGAGCUCUUCUUCAAGGUGAUGGACUUGGUAGUGGAUGAGGGAAAAAAGCCCCUGGAGAAGACUUUGAGCCACAGCCUGCUCCCACUCUUCUUGCACUGCCAUGAUGAGAACCAGCGCGUGGCACAGGCCUCUCGGGAAACGCUGCUUCGUGUGACCGAGUUCCUGAAGAGGAGGAAGCUCAAGCAGCUGGUGAAGAAGGAGCAGCUGCUGAAGUUCGCCAAAUGCCUGCUGGCAGAGGACAGGAGCCGAGCGGCCGAGCACCUGCGCCGGGCCCUGCCGUACCUGCAGAACCCACAGGAGCCCCUGCGAGCGGCGGCCAUCAGGUUCCUGGGUGAGCCACGAGCCCGGGCUCCCUCCCCGGCCCGCCGCAGCUCGGCCCCAGCCCCGCCUGCUGCCCCGGCAGCGGCCUCCGGGCCCGGCGCCGUGGAGCCCCGCCUGCCCUCGGGGCUGCUGCCGCCCUCCCGCAGCCGUGCCCGCCCCUGGGCGGCAGGAAGCGGCAGGGCCCGGGCUGAGCCGUGCCGGGGCAGGAGGCCGUGUGGCCGCAGCGCUGGCAGCGCCGCUGGCACGGAGCUGUGCCGCUGGCGCCGUGACACGCUCUGUGUUCGCAGAGAUGGCCGGGGAGCCCUGAUGGCGCAGAAGGAAGAGCUGCAGGCCCUCAGUGAGGGUGUUCAAGCCCCAAGGAACAGUGCCAGCCCUUUCUGUUCGAGUAUUGAAAAUUGUACCCAUUUAGCCCUAAGAGCUAAAGAAGUAGGGUUAUCAUCUGGAUCCACUGAACCAUUGUCCCAAGAACAAUACCUGUAUUACCACCUCCCAGUGCUGCUAGAGCUCCAGGCACAGCUGAUGAUUGGUACAGCUGAGCCUGUGGGAAGCUCGCAUGGCUUCAACCCUCUCUUUUCCUGUAGCUAAUUCCCUCCCUCUAGCCCUCAGAGAGUGUCCAUCCCCAUUUUACCCAUCACUCUCCAUCCCUUUUGACAGUUCCAUCUCAGGAGGCCUCAGACCAUGCCCAUCCCCUUUUUCCAUCCCAUAUCACCCAUUUUUUUUUGCCUUCCAUUAAUA